UGUUUAACUGCAAACCGUAGAAACCAUCCAGACACAAAUUUACAUUUUUCCCCUAAAGUUGUUUAUUUGAAGUAACAUGAUAGGAGAGCAACUGAUGUUCUCAAUAUUUUUUCUCACCUUCCCACAAAUCAAUUAAUUUGGUUUGCAUGAAUAUGCAAAUUAGAAACUUAUUGGAAAUAAUUAACUGAAAAUAAUAAACUGCUGAAGUAACAGUUUUAGCAUCUGCUAACUGAAUUAUACAGCCACAUAGAUUUAGUCCUAAAAACAUGUUUAAAUAAACUUUAGGAUGACACGGGAGCUUAAAAAAAAACAACAACUUUUGAACAAAGGACAAAAAAUUGUUAUUGUGUCAUAAAACAUAAGAGCCAAUCAGGUUACAGUAUGCAAAUAUAGGUCUUACAGCACUGACUGACCAGGAGAAAGCUGCUGGACGUGUAGAUUUGGAUCUGGAUUUUAUUGUGCUUUUUUCUGGAAGUGCUGCAUCAGGAAAGUAUUAAUAUAGAAAAAUGCAUUGUCUCUAAAGCAUGCUGUAAAUGCUGUAAAUCAUCCCAGAGCCUUAAACUUCCACAAUUAAGUUUACUCUCAUUUCACCUCUCUAAAGCACAAGCCUUGCUACAUAAAUUAGAAGGUUUGGAAGAAAAUUGCAAUAAAAAGGUUGACUAGUGAAAAGUGACAGGAGCAGCAGAGGCCACCUUUCAUCCUGUGGUCAUAAUCUGUACAAACAAGGAACCCUGCAGUGUCAUACAGUACAGUGGGUUACAUCAUGAGGGUCAGCGAGGGUGAAGUAUUCCUGAAAAAGUAAAGACAAACCUGAAAGCUUCAAAUGACGGAUUUAACGAACAGACAAUACAGUCAUUAUAGGCUUCUGUGGUUUCCUGCACAAUACCAUCUUAUGAUCGAUUGGAUCAGCUUCACACACUCGAGAGUGUCUGUAGGGGUUUUAGAUGAAUCACAGUAUUAACCUCAUUGAACACAUCAAAAAUCAUUCAGACUUAAUAAGUUUGAACUAUGUCACAUUAAUGCUUAAUCUGUAUCUCUAUAAUCAGUAUGAUGUUUGUGCAUGUUGUUCAUCUCUAGUGUUCUCCACACACGAGUGCUUCUUGUUUCCCGCUCCAUCGCUCGCAAUUUAUCAGUCCUGAGACGAGAAAUGAGCGAUUAAUGAAGGAAUCGGUUCUUUUUGAGUGACUCGUUUGACUCAUUCCUUUCAUUUGAUUACUGUACUUGAAUCAAACACACCCAUUCUUAAUGUAGUUUAAUCUUGCUAUUUUAUUUCUGACUUCCUUUCGACCUUGGAGCUGCAUUUAUUAUAAAUUAUUAUUUAUUUUUACUAUCAGAACUACACCGUGGUUUGUUUCAAAGAAUCGAUUAGGUGAAAUGACUCAUAACCAACAUCUCAAUGAAGAGAACGAAUCAGCGCUCUGAUCAGUGGGACUCCGCAUUAAUGAGCUCCGUCCUCCUCAUAACGGAGAUUUAUCCUGGAUAGACUGAGCUCCAAUGUUGUCUUCGCUUAGGUCAGGGCUAUAAAAUAAAAGAAAAGAAAAUAAAAGAAAGAAAACUGGCUGGUUGUAGCCUAAAACAGCAGAGGUGACGUGCAUAAUUUGUCACAUCCACUUUCUUUGUGUGAUUUCUUCUUCUCAGAAUAUAUAUCCAGUGGAUUUUUGAUAGAUCAGACACUGAGGUAAAGGGUUCUGCAGUCUCUGAGGAAACCCAUCAAACCUGGAUGUAGAACCCUACAGAAUAGUGUUUGCAUUUCAGACAGGGUUCUUAGCAGAACCCCAGUCAGAAGCUCUGAACCCUGAGAUGACGGUGACGUACACGGCACGUGUGGCAAACGCUCGCUUCUGCGGCUUUUCCAAGCUGCUUCUGGCCUGGAAGGGGAGCAUCUAUAAAGUUCUCUACAAGGAGUUUCUGGCUUUUUUCGCCAUGUACACCGCAAUCAGCAUCACGUACAGAUUUUUUCUUGUGGACGAGCAAAAGAGGCACUUCGAAAAGCUCUCAAUUUACUGCAACCAUUACGCCAGCCUCAUCCCAAUGUCUUUCGUCUUGGGUUUCUACGUGACCGUGAUAGUGAACCGCUGGUGGAGUCAGUACACGUCGAUCCCGCUGCCGGACCGGGUGAUGUGUGUGCUCUCGGGUGGUGUACAUGGCGGGGACGAGCGUGGAAGGCUGCUGCGGCGCACACUCAUGCGCUACACCAGUCUGUCUGCUCUGCUCAUCCUGCGCUCCGUCAGCACCGCCGUCUUCAAGCGCUUUCCCACCAUGGACCACGUGGUGGAGGCGGGAUUUAUGACACGGGAGGAGAGGAAGAAGUUUGAGAGUCUGCACUCUCCCUAUAAUAAAUACUGGAUCCCGUGUGUAUGGUUCACUAAUCUGGCCGCUGUGGCUCGAUGUGAAGGCCGAAUUAAAGACAAUAACACUUAUAAACUGCUGAUGGAGGAGCUGAAUCAGUUCAGAGAGAAGUGCAGUAUGCUCUUCCACUAUGACAUGAUCAGCGUGCCGCUCGUUUACACACAGGUGGUGACAUUAGCAGUGUACAGCUUCUUUCUGGUGUGUCUGAUUGGCCGCCAGUUUCUGGACCCGAGUCAGGGUUACCCAGGUCACGACCUCGACCUCUACGUCCCCAUCUUCACCCUGCUCCAGUUCUUCUUCUACGCUGGCUGGCUCAAGGUAGCAGAACAGCUGAUCAACCCAUUUGGUGAGGAUGAUGAUGAUUUCGAAACGAACUGGCUCAUAGACAGGAACUUCCAGGUAUCGAUGAUGGCAGUAGAUGAAAUGUAUGGUGAUUUGCCCAAAAUGGAGAGGGAUCGCUACUGGAACGACUCGAACCCUCGGCCCCCUUACACCGCCGCCACGCUGUUCGUCCUCCGCAAACCCUCCUUCCAGGGCUCCACCUUCGACAUGGCAAUUCCUAAGGAAGAGAUGCACUUCCAGCCUCUGGAAGAAAUCGCUGAGAACCUGGAAGAAUCCACGACUCGCAAUCACAACCUCGCUCUGUUCAACCGACUCCUCAGCUCCGCCCCUUCUCCCACCAGCAUUGUGGGCGGAGCCUUCUGCAGAACCUCUGCUCAGCUGCAGAGAUUGACACGUUCAGUCAGCCCUGACUCCUCCUACUCUGACGGAGAGGAGGGAGAGGGGGAAAGGUACAUCGGGCGGAACGAGGGCACAGGAGGAUCGCUACCAUCAGGUUUAGGAAACGACACCCAGAGCACCAUCUGCAGCUGUGGAGGAACCUCCAACACGCAUACUCCUCUCUCAGCACAAGAGUUUAACCCGAGCCAUGCGAUAAACAGAGGACAUGAGGAAGAUGGGUUGAAGAAAGAUAAGAAUGAGAAAGAAUGGACAAUGCUGAAGAUACCUCCACCUUUAACACGGGUGCUGAAGCAGAAAAUGAAGCCAAGGCUUCCCCCUUCAACUAGCACCAACCGCUCCACACCAGACCUCUUCUCCUUCCACCCAAUCAGAGACCAGGCCAAGGUCAUGACCCCACAGUCGACCAAUGGAAAUGCACUGUCAGGUAUGACUCUCUUGACAGUUCCACAGUGGGCAUCUGAGGAACACAAACAGCGCCAGCGCAGCAUCAGCAUGGGGUCAGACGUCAACUGUUUGUCCAACAAGGCUGAGGAUUGACAGAGCGACUUUUCAUCGUUCACUUCAGGUUAUAAAAUGGACAGGAUAGAACACAGUAUAAGAUUAGUACAGGUUAUUUUUUCUUUCAUGAUCAAAGAUAUCAAAAUAAUUUCAUCAGAUAAUCAAUAGCCUAAUGAUCAUUUGAGUUAA